GUGCCAGGGUCUAGAUUCAGUCCAACACAGAUGAAUAGUUGGAAGAACAAACCAAACCAAAAUAACAGUACCUUUCAAAUCAGGUGCUCCUGGGUUCUCUUUUUCUUCCAUUAUGGAAGCUCUAGCACUUCUGCCACACUAAGAACAAGCAGUUGCUGCAGCUGGAGGUAUAAUAGGAGGGAUCCUUUUAUUUGUUCUCCUUGGAAUAACUGCGUAUCUCCUCUGGAAAAAAUUUUGCCACUUCUUUUCUUAUGAAAAGCUCAUCAAUCCUGUCAAAACAACAAAUGCAAAUGCCUUUUUCCAGGAUCAGGCAAAUGCUGAAACUCAACGAAAAAGCACAAGCAGAAGAGUCAACAGGUGCUGUUGUCUUGAGCAGAUCCAGAAGUGUUCCAUUUAUCAUUCCACCAACACUGCAUGGGCGAGACUGGAUCCACCUGACGAAUGAAGAACAGGUUCAGGAAGACAGCGACCCCUGCAUGAGCCCGCAGUGUGGGCCACGGUCAUCCUUUCAUUCUUUGGCUGGAGCUUAUGUUGUCGGGACCAUUAACCCAGACCUGUACAAAUUUCCUGAAGACAAAAGCGAAACAGAUUUUCCUGAUGGCAACAUUGGCCGCCUCUGGUUCUCCAUAGAAUACGAGCAGGAGUCAGAAAGGCUCCUGGUCUCCUUGAUCAAAGUCAGAAAGCUGCAGCCUCCUGCUGAUUCCUGCAGUCCAUUUGUGAAAAUCUACCUGCUGCCUGAUGAAAGAAGCUACCUGCAGUCCAAAACAAAACGUAAAACUCUCAACCCCCAGUUUGAUGAAAACUUUGUUUUCCAGGUUUCCAGUAAAAUGUUGCUCCAAAGGACACUUAAGUUUUUGGUUUAUCAUGUUGAUAAACAGAAGAAGCAUCAUCUCCUAGGCCAAGUUAUCUUCCCACUAAAAAAUGAAACAUUAACUGAAGACAACAAACUAGUCAUAUGGAGAGAUCUGGAGAAAGAAAACUUGGAGCCUCCUUCAGAGCAUGGUGAUAUCCAGUUCUCCCUGAGCUACAAUGACUACCUGGGCCGUCUCACCGUGGUGGUUCUGAGAGCACGGGGAUUAAAGCUCCAGGAGGAGAGCCCUGCUGCUGGUGUGUAUGUCAAAGUCUCACUAAUGAACCACAAUAAAUUCAUCAAAAGUAAAAAGACAGCAGCUCUUCUGGGAACUCCCAAUCCUGUGUACAAUGAAACCUUCAGUUUCAAGGCAGAUCAGACAGAGCUGGAUACAGCAAGCCUGAGUCUAUCUGUGCUCCAGAGUAUCAAAGGAGAAAAAACACUCCUGCUGGGACGAGUAGUAGUUGGGCCUUUCAUGUACACACGUGGCAAAGAACUGGAACACUGGAAUGAGAUGAUCAGCAAGCCCAAGGAGCUGGUUAAACGAUGGCACGCUCUCUGCCACAGCACAUGAACAGCACUGAGAAAAAAACAACAUUAACGUGGAAAAGCUAAAAGCUCUUACUAUCUUUCUCGUCUAAAGGGUACAAAAAUCUUUGCUAAGAUUUUGUAUCUGAAGUAGAAAAGAAUAAAAUAAUUUCCUUGACCAAACACAAAAUAAAAGUUUUGGUCCCUGGUA